AUGCUUACAGGGUCUUCUUCUGCUUUUCUGCAAUAUGUGAUUUCUCAGCUGCAAUUACAGUUUCCAAUCAAAGACUUGGGCUCCAUCAACUAUUUCGUGGGUCUUGAGAUUAAAAAGGAUUAUACUACUUUAUUUCUUUCUCAGACCAAAUAUGCAGUUGAUCUACUUAACAAGUUUCAUAUGGAAGGUGCCAAACACUGCUCUACUCCAAUGGAUGCUUCUACCAAACUCUCCAAAACUGAUGGUGAUCUUCUAGACAAUCCUACUGAGUACAUAUCCUUAGUAGGGGCUUUGCAUUAUCUCACUUGGACUAUGCCUGAUAUUGCAUUUGCUGUUAAUCUUGUUUGUCAACAUAUGAAACAUCCCAGGACUUCUCAUCUUGUUGCGGCCAAAAGAAUCCUGCGCUAUAUCAAAGGUACUCUGCGUUUUGGUCUCACUUUCUCCAAAGGUACUUCUUUUUUGUUGGGUUUUUCAGAUGCAGACUGGGCUGGGAAUGUUGAUGACAGACGCUCUACUGGUGGCUACUGUGUUUUUCUAGGUUCUAACAUCAUUUCAUGGUCUUCCAAUAAACAAACUACAGUUGCUAGAUCUAGCACUGAGGCAGAGUAUAGGACAUUAACUCAUAAUGCUGCAGAAAUGGUUUGGAUUUGCUACAUUCUACAAGAUCUUCAUUUCUAA